GUCGUUGAUUGAAGACGAGGUACGCCAGUUGUGCCUGGACGUUGCUUCGAGUUAGAUUGCUUUCUACUUUUUUUCUUUUUCUCGUUAUCAAAAAUGUGUCUAAUAUUUUCGUACUCAUAAAACCAUGUCAUGGAACCGUGACAAUAAAGGAUUUCCCACUGGAGCUUGAACGGUUUUCACGCGCUAAAACUUUCCAACUCUUGUUUCAUGUUUUUAUUAAUGCGAACGGUGACGUCGCGCUGGCAUCUCGACGAUCUUAUUCGUUCCCUAAAUUCAAACAAAACAAUGACCCCAAGGUCUCGUUUCUCUCUCGUUUCUGCAUCGACGUUAACCUUUCACAAAACCAUUCCCGACCUGGAGGUCUGAGGAAGAUGUGCGCGGGAUCUGAAGGUGUUUGGUGCUGCUCUCCCUUUUAUGCGAGAAUUAAUUAACGCCGAACUGCUAAUUAUCACGAUCGAAGCGAACACUCUUCCCGAAGAUCAACGGAACAACUGACGACCCACUGCAGUACAGCAACUUUGGAGGAGAUCCUGGAUAAUCCAGACGGAAUUUCAACGCGUACAGUCUCCGAAAAGAUCAUGAGUAUCUGCAAAAAUACUAUACGCUGGGUACUUCUCGUCGACGUGUUGCUCGCCCUAUCAGUUAUCGUACUACUGACGUUAUUGGAAUUUGGCACCGUACCGCAGCAGCAUAUCGGCUUCCAGUGCAAUGAUCCGAAGAUUUCUUUUAAGUUUAGGGGAGACACCAUCUCCAUGACUACACUACUCGUCGGAUCCUUCAUAAUCCCGUUUGUGGUGAUGUGGAUAGCGGAAUACGCAUGUUACCCUUCAGAUAGCUACGAUACAACUGUGGGAUGCGCUGGUUCAAGAGCGAAACAAAUAUGGCAGUGGUACGGACACUAUUUGAUCGGAUUAAUAACGUUGACAUUUAUAUGCGAUGUCAUGAAAAGUCUGAUCGGAGAACCAAGACCGCAUUUUUUGGACACGUGUAGGCCACGCGAAGCUGUGAAUUGUACCGACCAAUACGUGAGAUCGUAUACAUGCACAAAUACGGUUGACUCAAAUUGGUUUGUCUCUGAUUCUAGUAAAUCAUUUCCCUCGGGACACUCUGCUCUUGCUGUGUUCACGUCUGUUUUUUUCGUGUGGUACUUUCAAAAUCGUCUACCAAAUCAGACAUUUUUCUUGAAACCAUGGCUACAAUGUCUCGUAUGUUUGUGGGCAGUGAUAUGUACCCUGACUAGAAUUAGUGAUAACAGACAUCACUGGUGGGACGUUCUCGCAGGCUCUAUAUUAGGUCUAGCGUUCAGUGUGCUAACUGUAACAGUGCCAUGUCGUGCAUUCCGCUCAAAUCGUGUUGGCUCAUAUGUCUAUAGCGAGCCUAUAGAGAAUGGACAGUUUAAUUAUAAUGGCAAGAGGCACCAAAUUGUGAAAAAACUCCUUAAUGAAACAACAGUAGAUCUUCCAGAUGGUUGUGAAUUAAAAAACACUUCAUCAAGCUGGAAGGGAUGAGUACUAGGUGUUUGAAAAAUUUAGUUUCACUUAUUUUUAUAGAUUAGCAGACGAACUUAAUAGUGUGACUGUUUUCAUUUGAAUUUAUUUAUUUAUUUCUUCUAUCAAUAUUGAAAUAACGGUUUAAUAAAAGCGAAAAUUGCUUGUUUUGGUAUUAAGGAGUAUCAGAAAAUUGUGCUAGCAUGAUUUGAUAUACUUUCAUUAAUUGAAUAACAUGAAAGAGAAUGUUAUUAGUAUUUCAUGAAUUUGAGUCUCUUUUAAAGAACUGAAUUCAACCAUUAAUUGUUUAUUUAACCAUAUACACAAAAGUCCAUUAUCUGAUUCAGUGAUAAAUGAAGCAAAGAAUUCUGAAAUCUUU